UGGUCUCGUAUGGAAGCUUAUAGUAACGAUCAAGACAUGCAACAUCUCCUUCAAACUCUUUUCAUGAUUUGGGAUAUACAGUCAAUCUAUUUCAAGACGGUUUUGAAUACAAUGGAGCACAUAGGAACGGCAACAGAAGUCGAAUCGGAGCCAGAUCAAGGACAAAUAGUAACGCGUAUCUUCUGCGACCGCGAUGAACGAUGGCAACAUCUCCUUGAUGGUCGACCGAGAACGGAUGGGAAGCCGAACAUACGCAAAUGGAGAGAUACGACACCUCAGUUCACAUACCAACAUGAGGGGACCCUAUUCCACCGAUUCAUCAUACCUACAGAGCCGGAGUGUAGAAUACAGAGAGACUCGCGGGAGGCAGUAAAAACGUCCGCUGUCACAUAUAUUAGUAUGGAUGGGCAAUAUAGUACCAUAACCAUCUGCGAUCCAUACGGUCAACAAAGAGUUACGACGCUAAAGCAGAGAGGGAGCUUAUUCCCUCUUAAACCUAUGCUUAGAGACCGUCAGACCUCGCCAUUAGAUACGUUCUUAAGCCUAAUAAUAUUCAUUGAGUUCUUGAAGACACCGGAGCUUAGACCGUUCUUUGCAAUGCUUACACUCCUGGGAGACUUUCGCAUAAAGCUUCAAGAGGGUGCACCGAGUGGGUACAUGGGUCAGUUAACUUGGACACGUGAUUAUCACCCAGGAGCCCCUUGGCCACCACUGCCCCCCAAAUAUACGCCAAGGAAUAGACCUGCAUCUCGUUAA